UACUCCAUUAAUGGAAAUAGAAAGCGCACGUUAGCCAUGUCUGUCAACAACAAUAAUCAUUACCUUCUUUCAUGCAUUAAUACAUAUCAUGCGCUUCUUUACGCUUAACCUACACCCCCCACUGUCCACUACUACUCCCCUACUGCCUCCUCUACUCUCCGCAUUCACUCUCUCUAGAUCCGCGUGCCGUUUCUCUCAUCUCCGAAACGUUUCUUUUCCCACUCCUAACCGUUGUCACCUCCGAUACCGCAUUAACAAAAACGGCACCGUUUAAGCACUACUGCUUGUUUUUUAAGGCAUUUCCAGCUCCGAUCGGAUCCUACUACACUCCGUUUCGGAUCUAAAUGAAUCCGCUCUGCUGCAUUGCUCCGGUUUCCAUAGAUAAAGAUCGAGCAAAUCCGAAUCCAGUAGUAGCAAAAUCCGUCAGCCAGAAUCAAUUAGGUCAUGAGAAUUUUAGUACUAGCCGAUCAGUUUAUCACGCAUCUAAGCCUAGUUUUUCAGCGCAGGUGUCGUCAGUUAGUACAGAUUUAGAUAGACUAUCAGGUUUCGGAAAUCAUCACGAUUUCGCUUCUGAUGAGCUAAUUACUGACGGAGCUAGAGAUUACAGUCUGAGCAGCUGCGGCGUCGGCGGUGGAGGCGGAAGCGGCGGUUCCGUGGCCGGAAUUUUGUAUAAAUGGGUGAAUUACGGGAAAGGAUGGCGGCCGCGGUGGUUUUUACUGGAGGAUGGAGUGUUGUCGUAUUAUAAAAUUCAUGGACCGUAUAAGAUUUUAACCAGUCCGGCUAGGGAGAAGGAUGUUGGGGUUAUUGGUGAUGAAUCUGUUAGGUAUUUGAGGAAGGCUAAUUGGAAUAGUAAUAGUAGUGGUAAUAGUAAUAGAUUUGAAGCUAAACAGUGUAAGCCAUUCGGAGAAAUUCAUUUGAAGGUUUCUUCUGUUCGUGCAAGCAAAUCAGAUGAUAAAAGGCUUACAAUUUUCACAGGAACAAAAACUCUUCACUUACGAUGUAUAUCAAGAGAGGAUAGAGCAGCAUGGCUUGAGUCCCUGCAGGCUGCUAAAGAUCUUUUUCCUAGAUUAUUGUCAAGCAAUGAUUUUUCACCUUAUGAAGAUGUUGUUGUUUCCACUGAAAAGUUGAGAUUACGGCUGUUACAGGAAGGCAUUGGCGAGCCAGUAAUCAAAAAUUGUGAGUCAAUAAUGCUCUCAGAAGUCUCCGAGUUACAAAAUCAGCUGAAGGCACUCCAACGUAAACACAUUAUUUUGCUAGACACACUGAGGCAAUUAGAGGCGGAAAAAAUAGAGCUGGAGACUACUGUUGUUGAUGAAACAAAAGAGCGGGAAUCAUAUUGUGGACAAGCAAACAGAAGAAGUGAUUUCUAUUCUGUUAUGUCAGAUGGCAGUCUUAGUGAUUCUGAAGCUGAUAAUGAAAGUCAAGAUGGAGCAGAUGUUGAGACAGACGAGGAUGAUGGGGCAUUUUUUGAUACGAAUGAUUUUUUGUCUUCAGACGCUUUAAGAAGUGCUUCCUACAGAAGCAGAGAAGCUACGGGAAAUGGUUGUAUAUAUGAUAAAGACCCAUUCUUUUCUGAUCGUUUGCAUGGGGCGUUGGAGAAGGAAAUCAGGACAAUCAAAUAUCCUUAUGUCAAAAGAAGAGAUAAUUUGCCAGAACCAAAGGAAAAAGAGAAGCCUGUUGGGCUAUGGUCAAUUAUCAAAGAAAAUAUUGGAAAGGACUUGUCUGGAGUUUGUCUACCUGUUUAUUUCAAUGAACCCCUAUCUUCACUGCAGAAAUGCUUUGAGGAUUUAGAAUAUUCACACUUGGUUGAUCGAGCACUGGCUUGGGGAAAGCAGGGAAAUGACUUGAUGAGAAUUCUGAACAUUGCAGCUUUUGCCGUAUCUGGUUAUGCCUCAACAGAAGGUCGACAGUGCAAACCGUUUAAUCCGCUUCUUGGGGAGACAUAUGAAGCUGACUAUCCAGAUAAAGGACUUCGUUUCUUCUCAGAAAAGGUAAGUCACCAUCCAAUGAUAGUUGCUUGUCAUUGUGAGGGAAGAGGCUGGAAAUUUUGGGCUGACUCCAAUAUCAAAGGGAAGUUCUGGGGGCGAUCUAUUCAGCUUGAUCCUGUUGGUAUCCUUACCCUACAGUUUGAGGAUGGUGAUACCUAUCAGUGGAGCAAGGUCACAACUUCUAUUUACAACAUUAUACUUGGAAAACUUUACUGUGACCACUAUGGUACCAUGCGCAUCAAAGGGGGUGGCAGGUAUUCUUGCAAGCUCAAGUUCAAGGAGCAGUCCAUCAUAGACCGAAAUCCUCAUCAGGUUCAUGGAUUUGUGCAAGAUAAUAGUACUGGAGAGAAGGUAGCAAUGUUGGUUGGUAAGUGGGAUGAAGCAAUGUACUAUGUACUAGGAGAUCCAACUACAAAGCCGAAGGGGUAUGAUCCAAUGACAGAAGCCGUCUUGCUCUGGGAAAGAGACAAAGCUGUUAACAAGACAAGAUACAAUCUCACCCCUUUUGCAUUAACAUUGAACGAACUCACUCCUGGCUUGUUCGAGAAAUUGCCUCCCACCGACUCUAGACUGAGACCAGACCAAAGACACCUAGAGAAUGGGGAAUACGAGUUGGCUAAUUCGGAAAAGUUAAGACUUGAGCAGUUACAAAGACAGGCAAGAAAGUUGCAGGAAAGAGGUUGGCAGCCGAGAUGGUUCCGGAAAGAUGAAGAAGGGUGUUAUCGAUAUAUAGAAGGUUACUGGGAAGCAAGAGAGAAGAAGAAAUGGGAUAUGAUUCCUGAUAUUUUUGGCCAAAAAACUGAUUUACCUUCAAGCUUAGUUUGAAGAAUAACCUGUUUUGGUUAGGUCCCAUAUAUAUAUUUUAGUUCAAAAUCUGGUUUCUGAUGUAGUGUUUUGAAAAUCGGGUUGCGGUUGUAUAUUAAUAAUAUUAUUAUUAUCAUUAAAUUAAUAUGCAUUUUUAUGA